UGACACCACUAAUCCAGAGACACUCGUGAGCUAAAGGAAAAUUAAAGUAACAUAGGUUUGAGAGAGAGAGAGAGAGAAAGAGAAGGGGGGGUUAGAGAAGAACUGUGGUAAUCAGUUUCCUGCUCUGAGUUGAAGUGUGAAUGUAACAAAGAAGAGGCUCGACUUCCUUGAAUGUGGCUGCGCUGAGAAGACGGUGUUGCAUAUGUGGCUUACAUCAACUAACCUUCAAGGUGCACCAUGAGCCGAGGGUCUAAAAGCAAGACUGAGAGCAUGUGGAGCUCCCUGCUGAGCCUCCAGGAAACCGAGGCCUUGGAGAGUCUGCUUGGCAGAAGGUGUGCUUCUAUGGCCACUGCAGUGGCACAGUUGUUCAAGGCACUGCCUCACAAUCCAUCUACAUGGAGCUUGCAGCACACAGGGGUGGUGUGCUUCAUUAAAGACAACCCUCAGCGUUCCUACUUCAUUCGCAUGUACGAUUUGAAGGCUGGGAGACAGGUGUGGGAACAAGAACUCUACAACCAAAUUGUUUACUCCUCACCAGAGUUCUACUUUCACACCUUUGCUGCCGAUGACUGUCAAGUUGGACUGAAUUUCGCUCAGCAGCAUGAAGCAGAAGCCUUUAGAAAUGCUGUGGUAGAGAAAAUCAACCAAAGAAACAACCGGCAAGCAGCAUCCAGUAGUCCUGGUUCCUUUCUUAAGGCCGCUGUGGACGUCCAAAGCCCUGAUAGCCAGUCUCCACGUUCCCGCUUAAUGCACUCAGUUUCCUCUCAUCGGAGCAGCAAAGGGAAGAAGGACAAGAAGAGCAAGAAAAAGGGCCCUAAGCUCUCUAAGGCAGACAUUGGAGCCCCCAGUGGAUUUAAGCAUGUUAGCCACGUUGGAUUUGACCCGAACAAUCUUGACCCAGACCUGUGGAACCUUCUCUCGCAAGCUGGCAUCGGAGAGGCCGAGAUGAGGGAUGAGCAGACUUCCCAGCUGGUCUAUAACAUCAUAGAGCGCUCAGGGGGCAUGGAGGCAGUCAAAAGAGAGGCAAAAAAAGGAGCUGCGGGGCUUCCACCCCCCCCACCCAGCAGACAGGGGCCUUUGCCUCCUGUGCCAGGAUCAGGCGGCUCAGCCCCAACUCCUCCACCUCCACGAGGGCGUUCCGGACCUCUGCCUCCCCUUCCGGGCCAGUCACAGCGAGCAACGCGGGUAGCUGUCCCACCCCCACCCCCGUCAAACCAAGGUUGCCCCCCACCUCUUCCUCCAACUCACUCUUCUCACGUCCCUUUGUUGCCAUCCACAAAGCCCCUUCAUGUCCCAUCUCCCCCGGUGCCACCAGCACCCCAACAGCGUCCUGCAGGUUUCCCACCUCCAGCCACCCCCACUACACCCAGCAGAGGAGGCCCUGCACCUCCUCCGCCACCUCCUCCGCUCCCACCUGCCCAACUGUCUGUGGACUCCCACACACCUCCUCCCCCCUUUGGUGGCCCACCACCACCUGCCACUCCAUCUUUUAGUAAAGCAGACAGCAGAGGUGCUCUGCUUGAUCAGAUUCGACUGGGGAAGAAGCUCCGAAAUGUGACAGAGUGCCAAGAUCUAGCUCCACCCGCACCAGCAGAAUCAGGCGAGGGCAUUGUUGGCGCUCUCAUGAUGGUCAUGCAGAAGCGCAGUAAAGUCAUUCAUUCCUCUGAUGAAAGUGAAGAUGAGGGUGGUGAUGAAGAUGAUGAUGAUGACGAAUGGGAUGACUGACAUUAAAAUAGUUGUUUUGGUGGAUUUUCACCCUUUAUCAAGACACAUUUUAGUUUAAACUGCCUACAUUUCCACGCGUCUGUGUGUUUGGAGCAGCUAAUGCAGGUAAAUCCAGAAAUGUUUACACUGUAUACGUCUUCAAACGUGUCUGUUGUAAGAUGCAAAAGCAUAAUGGCAUAAAGAAGUUACUCUAGGUGGGGUGAUUUGUCUCUUUCGAAAAGAUCCACCAAGAAAUCCAUGUAAUGAGCACCAACUGAGCCAACGUCAUUCCAAUUUUUAUAACAAUACACUGUACAUUAAAAAAAAAAAAAACGUUUAACUUACUUGAUACAUCUGUGCAAACAUACCAAAUUUCCCACCACCACUGAAAAAGUGCAUAACUGAAAGAUCACUGUAUGUCUCAUCACUCACCCACUGGGGUGCUGGGCGGUCACUAUAGGACAGGACAGGAGGAGGAACAUCCACUUGGCUUAGCUGGACAAUACAAUAUUAAUAUUUUACACCUUACAAAUGUCAUUACACAGCAAGGCUGAAGAACAGCAAAAACAACAUACAGAAGCAUGCAACAUUUACACUAUCAUUAUAUCCUCAUACAAUACAACAAUCCACUGACUGUAUAUAUUAUAUUCACAAUCAAUAUAUUACAUUUGUUUCAAUAUACCCAAAAGUACCACACUUUUGGUUUUGUGUUGCUGCCUUCUUGUCCCAUAUAGGUUACAUGAGAGUCAGUCAUAUUAAAAAAACACUCGCUCGCAGCACCUGGUUACAGUGUAGUCUGAA